CCCUCUCUCUCUCUCCCUCUCUCUCUACACGUCCACACGCUACAGACAAUCCUACCAAAGCAAAGGAAGCCAAACUAUGAAGCUUUAGUCUCCAACAGCUGAGCAUUUGUCGCAGUUACCUUAUGUUUUCAGUUUUUUGCGCGUCCAGCUCUGACUCCAGUGGAGUCGCCUUUGCGCACCAGAAGCUGUUUGCUGCGCUCUGAAAGUGUCCAUGUGGAGACUUCUGCCACGUUUGAAACACACGACGGAGUAGCAUCGGUCGAUUUUGUGGGUGUUUCUUUUUUUCUUCCCUGCUGUUUGUUUGCUGUCGGGACGGAUUCGUGUAGAGAGUUAGAGUUCAGAACUUUUUUGGGGGAGUAGUUUGCAGAUCGCAGAAUGCUGCUCCAGCUCCUCACUCUGGCCUGCUGCUUUGGGUUUACCUCCGUCUCUGCAGAUGUCCUAAAAGCCGAGGCUUGGUUGCAGCAGUAUGGCUACCUGCCUCCAGGAGAUGUCAGAGCCCAGGCCAUCCGCUCCCCCAAGUCCAUCGAAACAGCGAUAUCAGCCAUGCAGAGGUUUUAUGGAUUGACUGUCACCGGCUCCAUAGACACCAACACGUUAGAGGCCAUGAGACGACCGCGGUGCGGCGUUGCUGACAAGUUCGGCCCGGAGCUGAAAACCAACCUGAGGAGGAAGAGAUACGCUGUGCAAGGACUGAAGUGGGACAAGUCUGAGGUGACCUUCAGCAUAGAGAACUACACCCCCAAAGUAGGCGAACGAGCCACGUUUGACGCCAUCAGAAGGGCCUUCAAAGUGUGGGAGAGCGUCAUCCCACUCACCUUCAGAGAGAUUCCCUUCAGCCACAUCAGAGGGAAGGUCGACAAGUACGCCGACAUCAUGCUGUCCUUCUCAGAAGGAUUCCACGGCGACAGCACGCCGUUCGACGGCGAGGGCGGCUUCCUGGCUCACGCUUACUUCCCCGGUAACGGCAUCGGAGGAGACACGCACUUCGACCUCGCAGAACCCUGGACCACCGGGAACGUGGAUCAGGGAGGUAAUGAUGUUUUCCUGGUAGCUGUCCAUGAGUUGGGUCACGCUCUGGGUCUGGAACACUCCAAUGACCCCUCCGCCAUCAUGGCUCCCUUCUACCAGUGGUUCGACACCGAGAACUUCCAGCUCCCCGAUGACGACCGCAGAGGCAUCCAGGCAAUCUAUGGAACAAAGUCUGGGGCUCCCCCUCCUCCCCCCCGUCCCACGAAGGCAUCCAACCCCAGCAAGCCGGACCACGGGCCCGACAUCUGCGAGGGACACUUUGACACCAUCGCUAUCCUCAGAGGGGAGAAGUUUGUGUUUAAGGACAAGUGGUUCUGGCGUGUGCGUAACAACAAGGUGCUGCCUGGCUACCCGAUGCCCAUUGGUCACUUCUGGAGAGGCCUGCCUUCAAACAUCAACGCCGCCUACGAGAGGGAUGAUGGGAAAUUUGUCUUCUUCAAGGGUGACAAGUACUGGGUUUUCAGUGAGUCCACCAUGGACAAGGAUUCUCCAAAGACCCUGAGAGAACUGGGAACCGGUCUGCCCAAAGACAAGAUCGAUGCUGCUCUCUUCUACACACCAACAGGACAGACGUUCUUCUUCAGAGGCUCUGAUUACUACCGUUUCAACGAGCAGGCUCGCAGAGUGGACAGCGAUUACCCGAAGCCCAUCAGCAAGUGGAGCGGCGCACCAGACAACAUUAAAGCUGCCAUCAUGAGUGAAGAUGGAUCUUACACUUACUUCUACAAAGCCAACAAGUACUGGAAGUUCAACAACCAGUACAUGAAGGUGGAGUCCGGCUAUCCCAAGUCGGUGCUCAGCGACUGGAUGGGCUGCGAAAGCGAGGAGCCCAAGAAGGGUCGGAAAGAGGUCUUCAUCGAGCCUUCAGAGAGCGGGGCCGGGCCGCUGGCCGUGGUGAUCCCUCUCCUCCUGCUGGUGCUGGUUGUGGUCACUCUGGGAGCAAUUUUGUUCUUUAGGAAGUACGGCACGCCUCGACGCCUCCUCUACUGCCAGAGAUCCCUGCUGGAUAAGGUGUAGACAGAGCAACGGGUGACUGACAGACUGCUGCAGAGGGGGAGAGAGAGAGAGAAUGAGGGAACGAGGGCCGGGUGAAGAUGGAAACGAGAGGAGGAGGAAGAUGCGGAGAUGUGGAGGAAAGACAGCGGAAAUGUGGGACGUUGUGUUAAGUUUUGGGUGGUUUGUAAGUGCCACAAAAGAAAAAAGAAAAAAACAACAACAAGAAAGGCCCUAGAAACUGAAAUCAGGAAAAUGUAUAUUUGUAUGUUAACUAUUUACAUGUACUGUUCUGUGUUCAGAGAUUAAGAACGUACCCGCAAUCUCACAUAGAGAAUGGAAAUAUACAAAGACUCAUCAACAGCUUCCCUCCCGCCUCUCUCCUCUCGCAUCCCAGGUAUUAAAAAAACAUCCCAUCCUUUCCUUUAACUGGACGACUCCAGCUGAACUGCUGUCUGAUUCACUUCUGUGUUUCUGUUUGACUUUUACUCAGAAAUUCAUCAUCUCUGUUCGAGGUUUUUGCUCUGAAAUACAUUUGCUGUCAAAUCCAUCAGGGUUUUUUUUUUUGUUUGUUUUUUUUUCAGGAGGGUGGGGGUUUACUCUGAAAAUCAUUGUUUCAACAUGACAUUUGCCCUUAAAUCCAGUGUUUGAUUGUUUUGUACCACUAAGAAGGCCUGGGAUACAAAAUCAGUACAAAAUGUUUCCACAGCACUGAGUAGUUAUUCUGUCAUCAAGUCGUUCCAGAUUGAAAUCAGUUUGUCUGACUUCAGACAGUUUUAUUGAGACUAAUUACUUCAAGUGUUACUUCAGCGUGAGACGUCUCAAGAACUUUGUUUUUGUGGAAUGAAAAUGCUCAAAGUAAGGUUCUGAAAUAAGUUUUUUUUGGGGGGGGGCCUGAUAAAAGUUCACUGACUCUGUUCAGUUUUUUAGUUAUCAGGGUUUUCUUCCGGCCAAGACUGAAUCAGUCCACAGCAAAUGAGUCUGUGUUGCCUUAUUUGAAAUAAACAUAUGCCUUUUUUUUUUUCUGAUCAUGUGAUAAAAGAAAGGUCUAUUAUGUUUGAGUAAAUGAAACCUCAAUUAACAAAACAUUUUUUUUUCUGUUAUUCUCAAUUCUUAUCAUUUUGGUGAUUUUCCUUUUUGCAGGAUGCCAAAAAUUCCUCUGCACACAAAAGCACAUCCCUUAUGCACAGUGUUAAUAGUGAUUGAUGCAGACUUUGGAACACAUCAGACUUCACAUGAGACAGCUGAGCCCCAGCUGAAAGAUGAUCCUUCUGGUACAAGAACAGGAAUUUGUAUCUGCACAUAUUUGAUGUAAUCACAGCCUCAGACACUCAAAAUUUCAAGACAAACUCAGUGCAAGCAGUCAGAUGGAAAAAAAAAAUAUUUUUAAAUGUGAUGUUUUAUCUCACAAAUGACACUUUUCAAAGACUCCAGUACAAUAAUGUUGAGUACGAGCACAGCUACUUGUCCAACUGGGUCAGUAAGCGGUACGCUUUCCAACAAUAUGGUGCAAUUUUUAAUUGUUAUCGUUUUUAUGGGAAAUUGUUGUUAUUAUAAGUAUGAUUAUUGUUAUUAUUGUUCUCUUGGAAAAGUUAUAAUAAUUUUUUUUUUUUUGCUUUUGUACAUUGUCAUUUGGAGUCCUGCUGGACAGAGGCAUAACAUGGCAAUGAUGGAAAUGAAUCCCGGUUUACAUGCAGCGUGUGGUGAAUUAGAUCAGAUCAGAGGGACAAAUGUGAGUUCAGGGAGUUUCUUUUUUGUAAUGUGAAACACCCCGUUUUACUCAGCUGUUGGCACACAAUAACAAGCAAUGCUAUUUAUGAACUACGACACAGAUGGUGCUCAAUGAUUUUCUUUUAUCUUUUUUUUUACACCAAUCAAAAUUGAAGGUGAAUUGAUUUAGUUAAUAACAAUGAUAAUGGUAAUGAUAUUUAUAAUGAUGAUCUUAUCAAUAAAAUGGAAUGAGAUGUUUUCCUGCCUGUUUUCACUUUUGUAUUUCAUUAGAUAAAGUGAAAUUAAACUAUUUUCUACAAA